CAUUCCAUUCACAUUGUUCGUUAGUCGCCGCUAUAAGCGUUCGUGUUGUGGUGCUUUUGUGUCGAAGUCGAACCCUUAUUUUGUCGAGCACGUGACGAUAAAUCGUAAAUUUUUUCGCGUUUCUUCUACACGAUUUCGUUUUCUGGUCAAAAAGAUCAUCAGUUGUGUUGAUUAUUUAUUUGGAAAUUUUAUUAUUUUUCGAAUUGAAUCCGUACUUAUCUUGUUGGUUAAUUCAACGUGUGAUAUUUCGAUUCGUAAACAUUAUCUAGUCAUUAUCUGCUUCGUUGUUGGUGACUCAUUUUACUGAAAAUAGUGUGUUGUAUCUUGCUGAAAGCGGCGUCAAAACGAUAGUUUGGAUUCGUGUUACACAAUGGAUACUAAGAACAUGGACCUGAGGAGAAAUUGAGAAGAAAUAGAUCGGUCCGAAAUUAGAGAUAAUCAGUAAAACAGAAGAAUGGGGUGCACUGUGGUGGGUAACGAGAUCCAUCGACGAUUCGAUCUCACCAUGAUGCCCGCCAUAUUCGCGUUGUUUUUUGUAUCCUUGGUUCUCGGCGGAAGACGUUUGUUUAUAAGUUGUCACGUUCCAGUCUUAAAUUCCACUAGUGGUCCUUUCAUUCAGUAUUUAACACAUCCACCCGAAAUAACGCUCAAGCCGAAUAGCCAACAGGUGCGCAAUGGCGCCUCCGUUUCGUUUUACUGCGCUGCUCGAGGUGAUCCUAGUCCGACGUUGUAUUGGAAAAAGAAUGGCAAAAGGAUUUCAGAAAACAUAUCUAGAUAUCAGAUGACCAAUUUUACCGGAAAUGGGUUAUCGUUAUUGAGGAUAGAUCCGACGAGAGCGGUUCGCGAUAACGCCACGUACGAAUGCGUCGCCGAAAAUGGAGUUGGAGAUGCUGUCAGUGCGGAGGCCAAGUUGACUGUGUUCGAAGAAAAGAAACUACCUCUGGGCUUUCCGAACAUCACGUCGCCGCCAGCGUCGAAAGCUGUCGAAGUAGGCCAUACCGCAGUCCUCCAAUGCACAGCUAUUGGAGACCCGAUGCCAACCAUUACGUGGAUACGCGACCAAAACCCUUUGGAUAUUAAUAACAACGACAGAUACUCGGUACUCGACAAAGGUUCACCAGGAGCUUUACAAAUCAUCAACAGUUUGGAAAGCGAUCAAGGCAAAUACGAAUGCGUUGCCGAAAACAGCGUCGGUAGCGAAUAUUCUGAACCAGUAUCGUUGUAUGUGAAAGUUCGUCGCGUUGCUCCUCAAUUCUCGAUCGCGCCUCCUCAAUACAAAGAGGUGAAAUUAGGAGAUGACUUCAACAUCACGUGCGUGGCGAUCGGAUCGCCGAUGCCUUAUGUCAAAUGGCAGAAGUUUCCGAAUAUCGAUAUCACCUCCGAGGAUCAGUUACCAGUUGGGAAAAACGUGCUCGAGAUCAAGAACGCUCAAACAUCGGAGAAUUACACGUGCAUAGCCGCCAGCUCCUUAGGAACAGUCAACGCUACCACUUACGUCAAGGUUCAAUCUCUGCCCGGUCCACCAAUCGACAUCAAAGUUACCGAAGUUACCGCCACAUCAGUACGCCUCUCAUGGACCCAUUCGAAUCCGGCCGACUUGCAGUACUACGUUAUCCACUAUAAACCACGCCAUGCAAACCAAGCAUUCGCCGAAAUCAGCGGUGUGAUCACGUUGUACUACACGAUCCGAAAUCUUAGCCCUUACACGGAGUACGAAUUUUACGUGAUCGCUGUGAAUAAUUUGGGACGAGGGCCUCCUUCAGCUCCGACCAUUAUAACCACCGGUGAAACAGCUCUUGACGCUGUAUAUCCAGGAUCCACACCCGGAACAGCUCCUAGAAAUGUUCAAGUCAGACCUCUCAGCUCCAGUACGAUGGUUAUCCAAUGGGAUGAACCCGAAUCUCCCAAUGGGCAAGUUACCGCGUACAAAGUAUACUACACGACGAAUCCAGACGCAUCUAUGUCUUCGUGGAGUUCUCAGUUCGUUGACACCAAUUUACUAACGACGAUCGGCGAUUUGACACCUUUGACCAUGUACACGAUCAGAGUGCAAGCUUUUACCAGCGUCGGACCUGGACCACUGUCGGCUCCUGUGCAAAUCAAAACGCAACAAGGGGUUCCUAGUCAGCCAAGGGAUCUACGUGCUACAGAAAUCGGUGAAGCGUCCAUAACGUUAGAAUGGACGAAACCAGCUCACUCGGGAGAAAACAUCCUCGGUUACGAUCUGAUGUGGAACGAUACGUAUUCGAAGGAGAGAAAUCACCGACGGAUCCCGGUAGCCGAACGUUAUACUUUGGAAGACUUGUACCCGAACACCCUUUAUUAUAUUUGGCUGUCGGCGCGAUCUCAACGUGGCGAAGGAGCCACCACGUCUCCGAUUCCAGUUCGUACAAAGCAAUAUGUACCCGGAGCUCCACCGCAAAAUGUAACCGGCGAAGCGGUGGGUCCGACUUCGAUAUAUUUGCGAUGGGAACCACCUCCUCCUAACAGGACGAACGGACAGAUAACCUAUUACAAGGUAUUUAAGGUGGAAGCCACCCGCAACGAUUCGGAAGCCGAUGUCAUAACCGUAACGAAUGACACUUUCGUUCGGUUGGACGAAUUGAAACGAUGGACCGAGUACAGGCUAUGGAUUUUGGCGGGUACGGCCGUCGGAGACGGGCCCACCUCCAAUCCGUUACUCGUAAAAACCCACGAAGAUGUUCCUGGUCCUCCGACGGACGUGAAAGCGGCGCCGGUUAAUUCGACGACCAUUUUCGUGGAGUGGAAGCCGCCAGCUGAGAACGAACGUAAUGGCAUCAUCCGGCAGUAUCAUAUUCACGUGCAGGAGACUAAACACGAGGGUACGAGUUUGUUGAACGAACCGAUGAGGGUAGUGGUGCAAAAUUCGCUCGAGUACAAUGUGACUGAUCUGCAGCCGGAUACGUUUUAUUUGAUUCAAGUUGCGGCGUUGACCCGUAAAGGAGAUGGUGCCAGGAGCCCGCUGGUUUCGGUGAGGACUCCGGGUGGUGUGCCGAUCCGACCUACGAUUAAUUUGAAAAUGAAUAGCAGAGACGCAGAUAUCACGUUAGACGUAGAAUGGACGAAACCUACACAAACGUACGGUGAAUUAAAAGGAUACAAGUUACGAUACGGUAUCAAAGAUCAGACUCUGAUCGACGUUAUUCUAAAAUCAACCGUUAAUCAGUAUCGAUUGACUAAUCUGGAACGUGGCGUCGAAUACGAGUUCAGAGUAGCCGGUCAAAAUCAAAUCGGUUUCGGGCAAGAAGCGAUAUCGUACCUGGAAACACCAGAAGGCACCCCAACGGGUCCGCCAACUGCUCUUUCGCACUAUUUCCAAACUCCGGAUGUGGUGUGUAUUAAAUGGGAGACCCCUACGCGAGAACAUCGUAACGGUAAAAUCGUCAGAUACGAUAUAGAAUUCCAUAAAAAGGUCGACCAGCCUGUGAUCACGCAUAGAAACACUACGCAACAGAGAGCGGUAUUCUCAGCUUUGGAAGAAGGCACCGAGUACGUGUAUUCGGUUAGAGCUGCCACCAGACAAGGUUCGGGGCCGUGGAGUGGUAAAGAAGUGUUUUCCACUACUAAAGAAAUGGUUCGAGCUCCGAUGGGAUUGAAAGCAAUGGCUACCUCUGAUCAGAGUGUCGAAGUGUGGUGGGAACCGAUACCUUCGGUCAGGCAUAAACUGUACGGAUAUAUGCUCUUCUAUACGAUGACUGCAGUUGAAGAUUUAGACGCUUGGCAAAAGAAAUCCAUCGGAUUGACGGAAUCUGCCGAGCUUGUUAGUCUGGAGAAGAAUGCUCAAUACGCUGUCGCUGUCGCUGCCAAUACCAGUGUGGGACUGGGUCGGUUAUCGGAGAAAAUCGCUGUGAAAGUGAAACCUGAAGAUGUGCCGUUGGAUUUACGAGCUAAAGAAGUCACCACUCAUAGUAUGACUCUUACGUGGAGUCGUCCUAUCAAAUUAAAUCCUAUUAGUUACCAAGUAUCUUACGACGCUUUCAAAGAAUUCGUCGACUCUCAAGGUGUCACCCAAUCACAGCCGGUGCCUCGUAAAACCAUUCAGCUAGCUCCGAACGUGGAAACAACCCAUAUCGAGAAUCUGUCACCGUUCACCACGUACAAUAUUAACGUAACAGCGAAAGCUGCCGAUAGCGAAUACCGUCCACCUACUCGGAUCACCGUCACUACCCAAAUGGCCGCACCUUUGCCAAUGGUGAAACCGGAUUUCUACGGUGUCAAUAACGAUGAAGAGAUGAUAACGGUUAUAUUGCCCCAAGCGUCGGAAGAAUACGGUCCCAUAAGUCAUUAUUACCUUGUAGUGGUACCAGAAAAUAUGGAAACGAAAGAAAUCACCAAUCCUGAUCAGUUUUUGACGAACGAGUUAUUAAAUUAUACGAAAGAGACGGCCGAAGGUAAACCGUACAUCGCAGCUCGAUUUGCUCAACGUAAUAUUCCUUAUACGUAUCAUUUGGGUGCUGGAGAAACUUCGGACGAAUUUGUUAAUCGUAAAUUGCAAAAGGGUAGAAGAUACAGAAUCUUUGUUCGAGCUGUCGUCGAUACCCAAAAGAAUUUAUACACUUCAAGUCCGUUCUCGGAACCUUUAUCGUUAGAAAUGCGUACCGUUCCUCCUGGCGAUAUACCUCGUCGACCCGAUAUCAAAAACGCCAUCGAAAGCGAUAUCGCCGAAGUUAGCAAAAUUAAUAAAGUCACUCAUCAGAGUAUGUUGUGGUACAUUGCUCCAAUUCUGGCUGUAGCCGUCUUGUGCGUGCUAAUCGUCAUGUUCUUUAUCAUGAAAAGCUUUUAUAGACGAAGGCUACCCACAAAGUAUCGCGAACCUUGCGCCGUUACAAGACCUCUAAUGAGCGAAGAAGUGACCGCCAGUCACGCUCCGUCCGAUCCGGUAGAAAUGCGAAGACUAAUGUAUCAAACGCCCGCUAUGGUUUCACAUCCCCCCAUUCCGGUUUCUAUGCUAGCUCAACAUAUCGAAAUGCUGAAAGCGAACGAUAAUUUAAAGUUUUCGCAAGAAUACGAAUCGAUCGAACCGGGUCAGCAGUUCACAUGGGAUCAUUCCAGUAUGGAAAUCAAUAAACGAAAGAAUAGAUAUGCGAAUGUAAUCGCGUAUGAUCAUUCGAGAGUAGUGUUACAAGAUACCGAAGCAAUUCCCGGAGGAGAUUAUAUUAACGCUAAUUACUGCGACGGAUACCGUAAACAUAACGCUUAUAUAGCGACUCAAGGACCUCUUCAAGAGACGUUCGGUGAUUUCUGGAAGAUGUGUUGGGAGGUCAAGACGUCCACUAUUGUAAUGAUGACUAAAUUGGAAGAACGUACGAGAAUCAAAUGCGAUCAAUAUUGGCCUUCCAGAGGAACCGAGACUUUUGGUACCAUUACGGUUACAUUAUCGGAUAUUCAAGAAUUGGCCACGUAUUGCAUUCGAACGUUUCAUAUAAACAAGGGCAUGGACAGCGAACGUCGUGAAAUCAAACAACUGCAAUUCACCGCAUGGCCGGAUCACGGAGUACCGGACCAUUCGGCGCCAUUUUUACAAUUCCUCAGACGCGUCAAGAACGUGAACCCUGUGGAAGCCGGACCGGUAAUCGUACAUUGCAGCGCGGGCGUUGGACGUACAGGGUGUUACAUCGUUAUAGACGCCAUGAUUGAAAGAUUGAAAUACGAAAAAUCAGUCGACAUCUACGGUCAUGUUACUUGUUUGCGAGCUCAAAGAAAUUAUAUGGUGCAAACUGAAGAUCAGUAUAUUUUUAUUCACGACGCUGUUGUGGAACAUGUGAUCUGCGGCGUUACUGAAAUACCAGCUAGAAAUUUACACGCUCAUAUACAAAAACUGAUGCAAAUGCCCGAAGGCGAAACUGUGACCGGAUUAGCUUUAGAGUUUAAAAAAUUAUCGAACAUGAAGUGCGACUCGAAUCGAUUUAUAUCAGCUAGUUUACCUUGUAAUAAGCAUAAAAAUCGUUUAGUCCAUAUUUUACCAAUAGAAAACACCAGAGUAUGUUUAGCGCCUAUUAGAGGCGUCGAAGGUUCAGAUUACAUAAACGCCAGCAUGAUCGAUGGGUACAGGCAACGAGUCGCCUAUAUUGCCACCCAAGGUCCUCUACAAGAUACCACAGAUGAUUUCUGGAGAAUGUUGUGGGAGCAUAAUUCCACCAUCGUUGUUAUGCUGACCAAGCUUAAAGAAAUGGGAAGGGAAAAAUGCUACCAAUACUGGCCAUCGGAGAGAUCCGUACGAUACCAGUGCUUGGUUGUCGAACCAAUCGCCGAAUACAAUAUGCCAUUGUAUGUUUUACGUGAAUUUAAAAUUACCGAUGCUCGUGACGGUAGUUCGCGUACUCUGAGGCAAUUCCAGUUCAAUGAUUGGCCCGAACAAGGUAUACCUAAAACCGGAGACGGUUUCAUCGAUUUCAUCGGUCAAGUGCACAAGACCAAAGAACAAUUUGGCCAAGAAGGUCCUAUUACGGUGCAUUGCAGUGCCGGGGUAGGUCGCACAGGAGUGUUCAUUACGUUGAGUAUUGUGUUGGAGAGAAUGCAAUACGAAGGUGUCGUUGACCUGUUCCAGACAGUUAGGAUAUUAAGGACGCAAAGGCCGGCUAUGGUGCAGACUGAAGAACAAUACCAGUUCUGUUACCAAUCAGCUUUGGAGUAUCUGGGUUCAUUCGAUCACUACACCAACUGAGACGAACUUUCCGGCGCGUUUCGAGACUUCGUGAACGCGCCGCCCAUUGAGCUUGCGCUCUGAAAUACGCGUAUGUUUUGUACUUAAUUAUUACGACCUGUGUAAAUUUUUGUUGAAUUUUUUCAUCGGUAAAAUGAAAAAUGCAUUUUUAUUCUAAGUUGAACUAGCUUUUGCGCGCUUUCAUAUCAUUUACCUACGUAUCGACUUUCGUCUCGUGUACUGAUCCAGUAAAUAAUCAAGGGGAUUUACUCGAGAGAAACGACUAUAUUUUUUUUUGUACCUAUGUUAAAAAUGUAAUGUACUUUUACAACGAAUUUAAUCCAACGAACAAUACUAUCGCGUUAAUUGUAAUUAAUUUUAUAAAUCAGUGACAAACUUUCUUUAUCGUUUUCUAGUCCUGUGCGUAAUAUUUUUUAUACCCUACCAUCUUUUAUUUCUUGUUUUAAAUUUACUUACCUACAAUCAUCGAUCGUUCUAUUAUGAUUUCCUAGUGAAUUGAGUUAUGCAUUUUGUAUUUGGUAGACGUUGACGAUAUACCAGCGUGUAUGAGUCUUAUAUUUUUUUCUCGAUCGAAUUUUUUUUCUUUGCCAUUGCCAUUGUUAUAUUUGUAUGUAUUAUUCGUGUGUAAUUUGUAUUUUGUACUUACGUGCUAUUAUUGUUGAUUAUUUUAAUUUGUGUACUUGUAUUUAGGAAAAUGAUAAUUUUUAAAAAAUGAUGUACGCAGUCGUCGCUAUAUGAAGAAGCUUUUAUACGGUUGCGUAUACUAUUGUGAUAAUUGAUCAAGUUUUAUCACGACAGCGACAAAGAAGGAAAAAAAAUUAGCGAAUGAUGUUUACUUUUUUUUUUCAGCUGUGAUACUCCAUUUAUACUUAUUAUACUUUACGUACUACGCUGUUUCUGAAAAAAUGUUUCGGUUUAUCGGUUUUUAUUUCCGCGAUAUUUACAAAUUUUUGAAAUUUCUCAUCUUGCCGAGCAAGAUAGUUUUCCCUUUUUAUCGAUUUUCUUACAUAUCGAGUAUCGAAUGUUGAUAGCUUUACAUUCCAAAUCACUUUCAAAUAUCAUAUUACAAGUAUUGUAUAGCAUUUUUUAUGUUUUAUUUUAAAAAGCAUUUACGUAAGAUUUCACACUCUGCCCAGUUUUUUUUUUCAAAUUUUUACUCAACGCUUUGUAUUUUUGUAUUUUUAUUUCGUUAGGUUAAUUAUUUUUCGUUUGAUUAUUUCGUCCAAAGUUAGAAUACGAGUUUUUAGUGAUUUUAUUUUUCGAAUGUUUUUCAUUUUGAAUUUUUGAAACCGCGCUGUCCCGAUGAUUUUAAUUUACUAUGUAUAAACAUAUCUUCUAUCAAAGUGUACUGCUCCUCGCUGUGUAUUCGAAAUGUUCCUGACAAGUUUUUAUUUUAUUCGUUUGUGACCAAUCACGUAUUAUUUAGGCCGGGUGUUUUUCGUUUUCAAUAUUGCAAUUUAUAACUACAUAGUGAUAGAGACGAGGAAGUAUCGCUUAAGCUGUGUAUAAAUCAUGGUGCCAUAUGUAAUUACCGUUGUAUUUGUAAUUGUAAUAAACCGUAAGCUAAUUCCUUUUUUGAAUAUUUCUGGUUAACAGUGUUAUUUACUCGCUCCGCCAGAUGUAUUUUGACAUUUUAUGAAUGUGUACAGAAUGUUAAUAUACUGUAUGUGUUUUUUUUUUCAUUUGUUUGUCAAAAAAAAAAAAAGUAAAUGAAUAAAAUGUUUUACGUAAUACACACUCGUAAUCUCAUCAUUACACCUCUGUCGCUAGAUGCAAAAUGUACGUCAUUAUGAGCGACCUAAUGCCGGGUCAAACACGUACAUAAUAGCCGUAUUAUGUACGUGGUGUUAUGUGGCAACACCGCGAAACUCCUCAUUACGUACGCGUUUCGUUUGGACAUAAUUUAACAAAUUUAACCGGUGAAGUUUGGUCACUCAUAGACGCACAUUUUUUGCAUCUAAACAACAGAAGUGUAAAAUGGUGAGGUUACGAGUGUUUAUUAUGUAAAGCACCUUACAUUACGCGAUUAAUAAAGUGUGUGAUUAUGAACUCGAGCAAAGUUACAGCGCUCGUCUUCGACUCGCGCAGUAACUUUGCACUCAUUCAUAAUCACCCACAUUAUUAAUCUAGUAAUGUAAUGUACUAUUAGAUAAUUGUUGAAGUUUUGCGUUAAUUUUUCCCUUGUAUUCGACUAUCUAUUAUGCGUAAUAUGUUAUGAUAGUUAUUAUCAUUAUAACAUGAAUUUUAUCAUUUUGUAGACUGAUUUAAUUGUGUAAGAAGAAUAAAGUUUUUGAAGUAUUUAAUCUUGAA